GCGCCUGUGUAGUCCAGGCUGCGUUAUGAAUCAUAUGACUGCAAAAAAAUUCAACAACUUCCUGUUUGAGCGCAGCAGAGUGAAAGCAAAGACACACGAAUCAAAACAAACACACUGAAACGGGAAUUGCUGGACACAAUGUGCAUGAUCUCUGGAGGAUGAAGGAUCAGAGAGCAGACGGUAGAGUUGAAGACGAGAGCAGUUUAAUAAAGACGCCAUCAAAGCGUGGCCAUGACCUCCAGCCGGGCUCCCCGUGUUUCGUCUACACGCUGGCCUUCUUCUCGGCUCUGGGAGGGUUUCUGUUCGGCUAUGACACAGGAGUGGUUUCUGGAGCCAUGCUGCUCCUCAAGAGGGAGAUGAAGCUCAGUUCUGUGUGGCAGGAGCUGCUGGUCUCCAUUACUGUCGGUGCUGCUGCUGUUUCUGCUCUGGCCGGAGGGUUUCUGAACGGACGGUUCGGACGGAGGGUCUGCAUUCUGCUGGCCAGCUUCAUCUUCUGUGCUGGAGGAAUCAUACUAAGCGUCGCACGCAAUAAAGAGGUGCUUCUGUGCGGGAGGCUCACGGUCGGGCUCGGGUUAGGGAUCGCGUCGAUGACGGUGCCCGUCUACAUCGCUGAGGUGUCCCCUCCAGAUCUGCGUGGUCAACUGGUCACCGUUAACACUCUCUUCAUCACCGGCGGGCAGUUCAUCGCCAGUGUGGUGGACGGAGCCUUCAGUUACCUGCCUCAUGAUGGCUGGAGGUUUAUGUUGGGUUUGUCGGUGGUUCCUGCCGCUCUUCAGUUUCUAGGGUUCCUCUUCCUCCCCGAAAGUCCUCGUUGGCUCCUGCAGAAGGGAUUUACCCAGAAUGCACUGCUGGUGCUCCGUCAGAUCCGUGGCGGUGUGGAUGUGGAGGAAGAGUUCGAGAGCAUCCGCUGCAGCAUCCAGGAGGAGCAGACAGACGCCGCAGGUGGUCCGGUGCUGUGGCGUAUGCUGGCGUCUCCUCCGGUUCGCCGAGCUCUGAUCGUGGGUUGUGGACUUCAGAUGUUCCAGCAGCUCUCGGGAAUCAACACCGUCAUGUACUACAGCGCCACCAUCCUGCAGAUGUCAGGAGUUCAGGAUGAUCAGAUGGCCAUCUGGCUGGCCGCCGGCACAGCCUUCACCAACUUUCUGUUCACCCUGGUGGGCGUUUGGCUGGUGGAUAGAGUGGGCCGCAGGAAGCUGACUAUGGCUAGCAUACUAGGUACUGCUGUCAGUCUGAUGGUGCUGGCUGCAGGAUUCCUCCUCUCGGCUCAGGCGUCUCCCCCUGUGACCUUUCACCCCACUGACCCCUCCAUCCACAACUCCUCCUGUGGGAACUAUGGGUUCUGUGAAUCCUGCAUGUUGGAUCCAGAUUGUGGUUUCUGUUACGGUCUGAAAGCUACAGCUGUGGUUCAGUCCUCAUGUGUGCCUGUAGACCCGGAGAACACCGAGACGGCAGCAUUGGGCAGGUGUUUCAAUGGCACUCAGAAGGCCGAUGGUGUUUUCUGGGCCUACAACUACUGUCCGACAUCAUAUUCCUGGGUUGUACUGCUGGGUCUUAUUCUUUAUCUGGCCUUCUUUGCUCCAGGAAUGGGCCCAAUGCCGUGGACGGUAAACUCUGAGAUUUACCCGCUGUGGGCUCGCAGCACUGGAAACGCCUGCUCCGCCGGGGUCAACUGGAUCUGUAACGUCUUGGUAUCGUUGACAUUCCUCCAUGUGGCCCAGUAUCUGACAUACUACGGAGCGUUUUUCCUGUAUGCUGCUCUGGCUCUGCUGGGCUUCGUGUUCGUGUUGGGGUGCCUUCCGGAGACCAAGGGUUUGCGUUUGGAGGAGAUCGAGUCUCUGUUCAGCAGGCGACUCUGCAGCUGCGGAGCCCCCACAGAUCAGUACAUCCGGCGUCUGGAGUUAGGAGCGUUGCAUUACGCCACUUUGGAGCCAGAGGGCAGAAUUUCCUACAUAUCAUUGCAGUAAUGCUGACUCUGUACGUGGAUUUGAAGAUUCGCUGUUUGGAAAUGAUCAGAGAUGUCCGUUUGUUUGCUGGAUUUGUAUAUUUUUGAGAUGAAUAAAUAUUUCUGACUCUCUGA